AUGACCGCACGCUCACGCGGUGCUGCGCCGGAGGGCGAACCCGAUACGAUCUUUGACGACCCGGUGGUGGGGGAAGAGAUCGAGGGCUUGAUGGGAGACCCGCCCAGCGUGAGCUAUAACGAGGAGCUUGCUGCCGUUCGAAAGCAUGCUAUCGAAUCCCCGGAGNGCUCCAUGACCGCACGCUCACGCGGUGCUGCGCCGGAGGGCGAACCCGAUCCAAUCUUUGACGACCCGGUGGUGGGGGAAGAGAUCGAGGGCUUGAUGGGAGACCCGCCCAGCGUGAGCGAUGACGAGGAGCUUGCUGCCGUUCGAAAGCAUGCUAUCGAAUCCCCGGAGACUGUCCGGGCUUUCAUCAAGGAGCGAGCAAGGAGCCUGGCGAUCGGAGCUGGCUGCCCCCACUCCCUGCCCCUCGUGACUUGGAAGGACGACCCAGCUUCCGCCGUGACAUGCGGGAAGCAUCAGGCGCAUCUGAUUGGGAACGUCGACUUGCAGGUAUGCACACAGCUGCAGCAGCGCUAGGUGUAGACUAGUCUAGCCGAUGCCGUUUACAGCAGUAGUUGGGCACAGCAGUAGCUGUACAGCAGUGGCCAUGCAGCCCGACGUCUUCGUUAGGCAGCAAAGCGCAGCGUGAACUACGGCAGAGAGCUUUGAGUUCCAGUAGCUUCCCGGAGAGUUCCAUUAGUAUUGCCCUGUCCCCAAAACGAGUUGAGGGACAACGUGCUACAUGAAAAAAAACAUCCACCCGCCUCCAUGACGCAGUAUAUCACCCCCCCUGAAUCCGUUUGUUGUUUUGCAAUCCAUGGGCACACGACAGCCUAGGCACCUGGUGCAAGGUAUUUUGCAAACAUACUGUUAUAGGAAGGCUACAAUUUAGUGCAUCGAGCGCACGCUGCUGUUCAUAGUUUUUUUUUAAUAGUUAUCGAUCAUGCUGCACAACUUGUGGAAGGCCAGGUGGUGUCCUGCCUUAUCUGUCCCGACGGUAAUCACGCCGGGAAAUUUCCAGUCUAAAUCCCUAUUAAUAGGCAUAUUUACUGCUGUGAAUUCCGCUUAAAUGGAAAACGCUGUUUCUCCGUCGUUUGUGAUCAGACUCCGGUUUUGGGACAUUCAUACGAAAGCUAUGGGUCAGGGCCAUCUUUUGGAAGCGUCAAAAAAAAAUGCACAGUACUUGCACCGUAUAAAAACGCCUAUAUGUCCCAGUACACCGAAACCGAAAUUUUGAAGGUUUGGCAACCGAACGCACCAAAACUCUUCGGAGGGCGUUGCAUGUUCACAGACUACCUAUAUCAGUCGCCUUUUGCACGGCGCCUCGUGUGUACAGCUUUUCCGAUCGGCUUGACCGCCCCUCAGCACCCCAUUUGGCGGAAAUCAUGUCCUCAUUUCCAGAGGGUGAGGAAACACCGACGCCGACACGUUCCUAAACUUCUGCGAGUAC